AUGGCCGAGAUGGAGACCUAGGCUGAGGCGGCCGUGGAGGGGUUCACACAGGUCACCCGCAAGGGUGCCCGGCGGGCGAAGAAACGACAGUCUGAGCACUUGUCCGAGGCGGAGGAGGGUGGAGACGUGGGCCACAUGGACACGGAGGAGGCGAGGCCCGUCUUCCCGCCCCUCUCCGGGGAUGGACUCCUGAGUGGGAAAGAAGAAACACGGAAAAUUCCAGUUCCAGCUAACAGAUAUACGCCAUUAAAAGAGAACUGGAUGAAGAUAUUUACUCCUAUUGUAGAACAUUUGGGACUCCAGAUACGCUUUAACUUGAAAUCAAGAAAUGUGGAAAUCAGGACUUGUAAAGAAACCAAGGAUGUUAGUGCUCUGACAAAAGCAGCUGAUUUUGUAAAGGCCUUUAUUCUUGGAUUUCAGGUGGAGGAUGCACUUGCCCUCGUCAGGUUGGAUGACCUCUUUCUAGAGUCUUUUGAAAUUACAGAUGUUAAGCCUCUAAAGGGAGACCACCUGUCAAGGGCAAUAGGAAGAAUUGCUGGCAAAGGAGGAAAAACCAAAUUCACCAUAGAGAACGUGACACGGACACGGAUAGUUUUGGCUGAUGUGAAAGUCCACAUCCUCGGCUCUUUCCAAAACAUCAAGAUGGCAAGGACUGCUAUUUGCCACCUCAUCCUGGGAAAUCCUCCAUCAAAGGUUUAUGGCAAUAUUCGAGCUGUGGCUAGCAGAUCGGCAGAUCGGUUCUGAUUUCAAAUUAGAGACUUAUCUUUGGACUCUAAAGAAAAAGACCUUGUACUCUUCGGGUGGUCACACCAAACCAUAUGAAGAAUGUCUAAGUCACUUUAAACCUGGAUCUUUUCUUCCAUUCUCAGCCACCAGC